UAUUGACCCACGUGAUAUGCAAAAUGGCGGCGAACCUGAAUCCCUUCGAAGAUCAGGAUCACCAAGAAUGGUUAGAUGAUGAAAUAGAAACUACAAUACCUUCAGCAAUUAAAUCACCCACACCGUCAGAAAGUCUGGAAAUUACCUGGGACAUAGUUGCAAGCAAACUUCUUAAAGAUAAUUUUAUUCUUACUGCUUUAGAACUACAUACUGAACUCGUAGAGUCAGGACGCGAACUUCCUCGAUUACGAGACUAUUUCUCCAAUCCUGGAAAUUUCGAGAGAACGAAAGAGGACACGCCUUCACCGACACUACCUCGUACAUCAAGUGUGCAGACAUUUGAUUCCCUUGACUUUGCACGUUAUUCUGAUGAUGGAGAACGUCAAGUCGAUGAAAGAGUAGCAGUUUUAGAGUUUGAGCUUCGGAAAGCACAAGAGAACAUAAAAUCUCUAAGAGCUACAUUAACUCGGGAAGCAGAAAGUGAAAUAGUGACACCUAACCGUCAGAAGAAGGAGGAUCUGGGAAACAAACAGGAUGACAACAUUCGCCCCCUGGAGAAAAAGGCACUCAACUUCCUUAUCAAUGAAUACCUGUUGUCAAAUAAUUAUAAGCUGACAUCUGUCACCUUUGCAGAGGAGAAUGAAGACCAGGAUUUUGAAGACUGGGAUGAUGUGGGCCUUAACAUGCCUAAGCCACCAGGUGUGGUUCAACUCUUCCGUGACUAUGGAACACACACUUCUCCAGCUUGUGAAACCCAGGACAAAAGUUGCCAGGCAGAUUUGGAUAGCAAGAAGUAUACGGAGAUGCUACAGGAAUGGGACAGUCUGCAGAAUCAGCUGGAAACAAAAGUGGAAGAAUUGGAAAAUGAGUUACAUUUGCUAAGGCAGGAGAGAGAUACCCUGUCACAGCAAGUUGACAUUUUGAAAAUAGGAAGCUCUCGUGCAUCAGCUGCCAUCACACCUGUAGCAGCAGUGAAACCACAGAUGUUGGAAUCCAAAGAUGCCUUACCUGGAGGUAGACAGGCAAUGCCAUCCCAGGAAAGACAUGAAUCAAGUGUGUUUGGGCAGUUGGAAAGUUCACCUUCAUCAGAGAACUUGACAGCAAAAGGCAGUAUGUGUGAGGUCAAUGGAUACACAGCAGUUGUUGAUAUGACAGAUGGUUCUACAUUUGAAGAAACUGUGCCAGGACUCGAACAAGAAAGUGCAUGUGAUAUUGAUAGCAUUUCUGUGCAGGAGAAUGAGGUGGUUGAAGUUAGCAUCCCUACAAAUGGGAAGAAUAAUCCAAGAGAUACUAGUUGGGAUGCAGCUUCGGGUACAGAGAACACUAAAACAUGUAGCAAAAAUGGUGAUAUUACAAGCAGAGGCAUUAACACAACAGAAAAGUCUUUCUUUGGGGAUUCAGGUCUUUCCAGGUCUGGUACAAAUUUUCAUAACAAAAGACAUUUGUCAGCUACAUUCCAAAAGGCAUUGCAGCAGACAGCAUUCCGUGUGUCAAAGGAUAACAGAAUUGUGUCAGAAAUGUCAUACCUCUCAAAGUCGGAUGGUAUAGAAGUGGUGUCCAUGUUAGGACGAUGUCUUCCACACAUCGUACCAAAUGUUCUUCUUGGCAAACGAGAGGAGUUAAUUCCCUUGAUCUUGGCAACAGCCAUGCUCCACCCAGAUUCAAAAGAGCGGGAUCGCCUGCUGAAUAUUCUCUUUAACCUCAUCAAGAAACCUGAUGAUGACCAAAGGCAGAUGAUCCUUACAGGCUGUGUUGUGUUUGCGGAGCAUGUGGGAGCAGAGAGACUAGUGGAGGAAUUAUUGCCACAAUGUUGGGAACAGAUAAGUCAUAAAUAUGUAGAGAGACGACUAUUGGUAGCAGAAGCUUGUGGCGCCUUAGCAUCAUACUUACCUCCUGAAAUGCUGAGUUCUUUGGUUCUGUCAAUGCUCCAGCAAAUGUUGCUGGAUGACAAAGAUGACGAUGUACGAGAUGCUGUAGUUCGAAGUCUGGGUCUUCUUUUGGGUUUUAUAACAGAUGCUGAUAAAUAUACACAGGCAUAUGACCUGCUACAAAUAUCUCUCCGAGAUCCUUCUGAGAAAGUUCAGCAUACAGCUCUUCAGAUUCUCCUUCCUUCAUUUGCCAUUUGGUCGUUUGAACUGGGGCGGCUUGAACACCAGCUGGUUCACUCCACUCUCCGAGAUCUGGAGGACAUAGUUAAGGGGGCAUUAGCUCUGCAGAAGACCAACAGUUCAACAACACUUCCAUUGAAUGAGACCCGCUUCCUUCUUCUCUUGUCGGUUUUACAAGAGCUGCUUCCUUUCCUUUUUAUUUGUGUUUCGGAGACAUGUCCUUCUUCAUCCGUCCAGCCAGAGGAUGGUUUCUUACUUGAUGUCUCUUACAUGCCUCCGUCCAGCAGUAAUUUGUCUGACAUGCACGUCAUUGCUGGUGGAGAGGGUCGACUCCUUGGCCUUGUUCAACAGUAUGAAAGCCACAUACAACAAGAGUGGUUUGAACCUUGGGAUCAACUCAACUGGCUUGUAAACAACUUAAUUCCUCGAAUGCUUGAGGUUAUGAUGGGAGUAGGGUUAUCACUUCCACGUGUUGUCUCUGCACUAUGCACCUUCUUCUACAGAUUUUGUCGAAUGUUUGGGAAGACGUUCACAUACAAGAAGGUGAAGUUAAAAUUCAAGGAACUUGUUGAUCUACCAGAAGAGUGCUUAGAUUCUCAAGUCAGCAUGGGUCAUACAGCCAUUACUACCUGCAUUGUACCUGUCUAUGCGUCAGGUGUCCUUCUUUCUUUCAGCACAGAAGAGUCAAGGAAAGAAGUAAGCUUGUUCCUUAAAAAAGUUCUCUGCACGCUGGCAUUCUGUCAGACAUCCCUGGACAGUUUGCGUGCAGCAUUCCUUCAGCUAAAGUCUGAUUCGGCAAAUCAUGAACUUCUUUUGGGAGUUUUGUGGGAUGGCGUGGUACACUCUGCAUCUGUAGUUCGGGCAACAGCUGCUUCACUUUUUGAGUUGCUGAUUCAAGGAGUGAGUGAUGCUCUCAUUUCACAUCGGGUCGUCCCUGCUUUAGUCACUUUGGCCAAUGACCCAGAAGUGUCAGUGCGGAUGGCAACGAUCCCAUCUUUGGGCGGCAUCAUUGAGAAUGUAACCAUCAGAGAGGUGUUGGAUAGAGUCUACAUGCAGUUGCAAACUUUCUUUGACGACCCCAUGUACAGGGAGCACCAUGCUGUUCUUGUUGAGCUUAUUCGCACUCUAGCUCGGUGUGGGCCCAAUGCUGAACCCAAGUUCCAGGAUGAAUUCAUCUUGCCUCGCCUGGCUGCCAUCGCUUCAGCGAAUAACCAGACAGGCAACGAGACGAAAAAGGCAGACAUUGCCCGGCAACUCUUCGACGCCUACAGCGCCAUGUCCUGCUGCUUUCUAAAUGAGCAGCUUAUUCAGGAAGCCAUGUUGCCAGGACUACGAUGCUUACGACAGGAUCUUGCCUCCACAGCACCUGAGCAUGAGGAGGUUGUCUCCUCCAUGAUACGCGACUAUGAGGCCAAACUAAUGGCAAGGCCAGAGAGCUACAACCAGGAUAAAUUAAGGACAUCUAGUGUGACCUCAGGGAGUGGUGAAGACAUGAAAGCACGGGUCAUGUCCCGCAUCAAGGAUACAACUGCAAAAGCUAACAUCAGCAACAUCUUCACACGCAAGAAGUAGUGGUGAUAAGACUGGCAAACAUCCAGAAAACUUAGGAGGCGCCAUGGAAAGGAAUUUGCAUAUUUCCAUAGAAUUUAAACAUUUUAGAAACAACAGAUCAAAGCUGACAAGCAGAUCUCUUCAUUCUGUUCACAGCAGGACUGUUUUGGGUUUUAAAGAGAAUUUUUUCAGCAGGAGAGGAGAUGGUAACAUUUAUUUGCAUUAUUGAAUGAUAGUCCAGAGAUCAAGUGUUUAUUUGCAUGAAAUGAUUUUGUGAUUCAAUUCCAUAAGCUUGACUUUGUAACAUGUAGGAUAUGUAGCAUUGUAAUGAAGCAACAAUGUCUGCCAUGCAUAAUGAUGGAAAUGGUUUGUUGUUGAUCUGCAGAACAUGCUGGACAUGAAAUAAGAGAUUUACUUUCUUUUUUGUCUUUAAGUUGUGUAAUGGGUAGUGGAGGGAAAAAGGACUUGCUGUGCUGUUUCGCUAUUGCCUUUUGCGUGAUUUGUUGCAUUAGUAUUUUUUUAAUUAUUUUUUGUAAACAGCUUGUUCACGGCACUUAGUCUCAUGACAGUUAAAUCGUUGAUGUAAUAACAGCAUCCAGUGAAGAUUCUGAUUAUUGUAGUGUUUAAAUUUGUGUACAUUGUAAGGAUCGCCUGUUUUUGAUCUUCAGUGAAUACCAGAGGUACUUAACAGAUGUAUUGAUAUAUGUUUUUAUGUAUCCAUGAAUGUGCUCACAAAUACAUAUCCAUAUUCCAAUGCUGACGUAUAAACUUAUGGCAGGCAACAAGCAGGUAAUCUCAUUUGUAACCAUUGUCAUCUUGUCUGAAGCACAGCAGGUUUUACUAACUUACACAUUAUCGCUUUGCAGUGAAAACAACCUUUGUUUCUGUUUCACACAGGUUGUUAGUGGACAGUCUUGGGAAAAAAGUCCUAGCAGCUGCAAAUAAAGAGCUUUGAUCUCUCAUUAUUUGAUGUUUUGUUGGCUCUUGCAUUGCUAAGACUUGUUUUAUAUCAGAACAGUCCCAGAAAUAUUUGUAGUUCAAAUCAUAAACUAGAAGUAGUAUAUUUUAUAUCAAUAGAUCACAUGCGCUCAUUUGCUAUGUGCAGAUUAUUUGCUGCAUGCUUAUUUUCUCACAAUUGAUGCAGGCACAAAAAGAAGACAUUAGCUUCUGUAUACAAACAGAAGAUCACAGAUUAAUAAAAUGCUUUAAAGGCUGCUUUUGCCCAUUCUUAUGGAAAGAGCAUAUAGAAUUAUCAGGUUUUUUAGAGGGUUUUUUGGAUCCAUUGACAAUUGAUUUCUAUUUGUUUUGUUUUUGGUGUAAUGAUUAUAGCUAUGCAUUCCAUUUUCUUAUGUGGCCACCUUAGAAUGGGUUUGACCAAGUGCAUCUGUGAUGUUUCAAACUGUCAGUGGCCCAAGCCUGAUAUUUCGAUGUUUAUAUUAACGCCAAAGUUCAUUUGUUGUCCUAUUUUUUAAUUUAUCCAGUUCUCGCUAUUUAAAGCCAGCUCCUGUUUUGUAAGUGAUGCAUCUAACACUCAGCAUGUUCACCUAGAUGUUUACUACCCAUGAAUAAUAGCUGCUUUCUUAUAGAUCACUUAAAUGUUAAUAUCGGAAUGUAAAUGUUUCAGUGAGAAAGGCCUGUUAACACCCUGUGAGGCUUACAGUGUUGUUUAUAUUCAAACUCCCAAGUUGCAAUUUGAACUUUGAAUUUCCCAUAGCUUGAAAAAAAAAUGAUUUUUUUAAAUAAUAUCGUUUAGAUAGAGUCUGUUUAAAAAAAUAGGUCCAGAUGGUAUCUAAAGUUUUUAGCUCAUUUUCUUACAAUUGAUGUGGUGUGGUCUCUGUUUUGUAACCAGAAUUUGUUCUGCAUGGCAUUAUUCAGUGGACAGUCUUGAAAGAUAAUGUCACAGAUCUGGUUAUGUGCAUGCACUUCAUGUUUAAAUGGGCAUCGUCUACGGGUGGCAAAGAAUCCCAUUUUCUUAUAGCUGUGUACACACACUCAUAGCCUCCUGCUGUCCAGGAAUACAAUAGGGUUAAUAAGCCAUAGUCUAUCAUUAUGAUCAAUAUGACAACCAUGAUCUUUUGUGCAAUAACUUCUGGGAGGUUUUUGUUGUUAAUGAAAAGCACUUUAAUUAUCAGUUAUUUUUUUAAUCAUUAUAAUGUUGCUAUGUGAAAAGUUCUUUGUAUAAAAUAGACUUUUUCAUCUCUCACAAUUAUAAUUUAUACACAGUACAGCUUUGCUUUUUAGGUGUUUCACAUAUCCUCGUUAAGGGAAUGCAGGCAGGACACUCAAGUUUAAAACCAUGUUAAUAUAAAUGAUGUAACCAACCAAGCUCCGUUUUUCUUUUAAAAUUAGUCAUACCAUCUAAUGUACAGAUAGGGACAUCUGUUCUAAAAGGUUUGCUACAUUGCUAAUGGCUUUUUCUGCAACUUAUUCCUUCAUCAAGUGCAGCUUGUCCUUCAUGGGAAUGUAUGCAUGUGGUGCUCAAAAUGAAAAAAAAAGGAAACCAACAAAAAAACAGUACAUAUCAGUAUGCAGCAGUGCAACAUCUUGUGCCAUUUGAUUGGUUGUUGAAUCUUGCACUGAAAGCUUUAAAUAGUUCUGUAGGGUUUUGUGAGCCCAAAAUAAUUAUUGUCAAUAAAUUAAAAACUAUCUUUAGCUUUGUGGUCCUACCUAACCACUGUUCCUCUCCUAUAAUCUGCUUUCUUGAAUGUGUUAUAUAUGGUUUUGUAUGGAAAAGUAGAAAUUGUAAAGGUAGACUGUGAAAGGAUCAACAGCAGACUUGAGAAAUGGAAAGUUAAGUAACAAUUGUCUGACAGCAAGACAUCUUUAAGAAUCCUUAUGCACUAAAAAUUAAAGGAAAAAAGACUUUUAAGACCAAACUUGUCGACUCAAACUCUAAUUUCUCCUUUUAGUUUAAAGGGAAAUUAAUUUUCUUCCACCAGAAAGCAAGACCUUUAUCACCAAGAGAAAUUCCUGUUCCCCCUCCUACUCCAUGUUUAGGUGUGUGUGCACAAAUCUGCCAUUUUAUUUUCAACUAGAAAUACCUGGUGUCCUGCAGCUUUAGGAUGUGUACAGUACUGUGUAAAACGUUUCAUUUCCAUGUAGUUUAUACUUUGUACCCAGAAAAACAUAACGAAUGCAUGCCUGAGCCAGUCACUUGAAUGUUUGAAUAUAAAAAAAUGGUCAGUGGCUUUUAAAAUGGACUUUACUAUAAAAAAAAAAAGUACAUUGUUGCUUUCACAAAGAUCUGCUUUUGUCGUGAAAUUUUUUGUGGUUGUGAUUUCCAGUGAAACUGUACACAAGAGAUUUUUUUAAAGUAUUCUGUGAUUUAAUUGAUUUUGUUGUCAACCAUGUCAAGUUUGUUGAGUGUCACAUAUUGAAUGUCAUCACUUGUUAUAAAAUGGUUAGGGUUUCUUGUUGAGUGUAGGGGGUACUUAGGUGUUGUCACAAGUACUGAUAAUUUUUCAAGUGUGAUGAAUGACUGAUCAAGAAAAUUAACACUUAAUACUGCCAAAACAAUUUAGAACAUGCGAAAUAUAUAUCACUGAUAUUGCCACAAUCUGAGAUACAUAAAUUAAUGACUUUUUUAAUUGUCUUUUGAGGUUUGAAAUAAAAUUGUUGCUAUCAGCAUUUGCCUCUUUACUAAAAUCUUCUAGUAUUAUUCUUGGCAUCUUAAUAAGUCAGGUCCCUUAACAUUCUUAUUAAAGGAGAAAUGAAAUGUGCCUGACUAGUUUAGCAUAGAGAAUGGGCAAAGCUAUCAGUGAAUUCCAUGCAAAUUUCAAAAUACUUUAUCAGGUUUAUGCUAUUAAUUUUGUGACAACUAUACUUUGUAAAAUACUUUAAUCUCAUGUUCUGUAGUUUGAUUCUCACUUCGGUCCCUUGCGGGUUCCACGAGUCAAUGUACCCUGUCAGAGUGAGAACACAUCAAAUCCAGGUUAUAUUUUUCUUUAGCAAUAUUUGGCAACUUUAAUUCCAGACUAUCACUGUGUGUUGUACUCAGCAGUAAAUCAGUUAGGUAAUCAUUUCUUUUAAUUUUCAAUGUGCAGGCUUGCCCAAAAGUAUGAUGCUUGUCAAUUUGAAAUUACUUUAAAAAAUGCAAAGACCUAAGAACUUUAACAGAAGAUACAGAUUAACAGACAGUAGCUAUAUUUUAAAAACCAUCAGCCACUCUGCUUUCCUCCAGAAAUGAUCUGAGAUGUUAAGCAGUAUAAAUGCAAACAAAAUUAGAAGGAAAAAUGCAGCCUGUGAUAAAAUUCCUUAAGGUGAAGUUGGAGUUCUAUAAGGUGCAUUGUCAGCUCAGCUGAAUCGUCAGUUGUAAGUGCACCAUCUCUUGACAGCAGUUUUGGUAAGUGUUAAGCAUUAGGUUUCUAGGUAGGAGUACCCCAGUCUUUCUACUGUCUGAUCUUUAUCUGUGCUGAAGGGAAUUCAUAUUUGUGCCUUUUUCUUUUGCAUUGAGACACCAUUUUUUUCCUCACUGAAUGCAAAAUAUGAAAGAAGUAAUAUUAUGUCUAUGUACACCGUCCACAAUUUUGGAGUUAUUUGAAAAGAACCCUAUAAAAAUGCAAAAGCGAAUGUAUCCUCCAUGAUGUGUGUUGUACUACUUAUUACAAAGAGUGCAUGACAUCAUCUCUGUGGUCUAGUGUGUAUAUUUCCAGUUUCUCUUACAGCACAGUGUGAUUCAUACAUUCGGAUGUGUGCUUUUAAUGCAUCUGUAACACAUUUUACCAGCGCAUAUGGAUUUGACAUUAACAAAAUAUUAAACAUCAUCAGCAAACAA